AAUGUAUGAGUGCGCGUAUGAACAAAUAAAAAUCGCCGGUGAAUAUUUCAUAGCCGGUUAGUGGUUUAGUGUAAACUCCUUACACCAUUAGUUAUAUUAAACAUAACUUACAAAUUUAUAUAUUUAUAAAAAAUAAUAUAUAAAUAAUGCUGUAACAAUAGUAUACUGUCAGUAAUUACUAUUGGGUAAUAAUUUAUAAAAAUUUAUAAAUCACGUGGUAAAAAAAAUAAUUUAAAAAAUCGUAACGUCAUAUAUCUAUAUAUACAUACGUAUAUUUUUAUUAUUUAAAUAUGAAUAAAAUGAGAAAGUUUAAUUCAUCAAUUGACAUAAUACCGCUACAGGGAGUAAGUAACGAAGAUAUUAUGAAUCCAAUGGGAAAUAAAAAUCAAAUGGAUGAUCAAAUGCGCAUACAACGCGAUCCUCAAAUAAUAUCGCGCGUACAAAUGUACUUAUAUGAAAAUGAAGAUAAGGUUUAUAUUGAUGUUAAUGAAAUGGCUGAUAGCUUGCAAAGAAAAUAUCGCGAUUACCGUACAAAAAAACGCUCAGCAUUCCGAGCUUUGGUGCGUCGUGCUUACGAUGAGAUUACUGAGAGUUUUUCCAAGAAAUCUGACUCGUUAUCACGACAAGACGAUUAUGAUGAUGAAGUGGAGAUAGAGUCAGACACGCCGGGAAAUGAUACAUUGGGCAGAGAACUUAUAAAAAUGUAUAAGAAGUCGGUUGAUGAGGUGAAUGGAAAUUCUAGUGACAAAGAAUUGAUUGACAUCAGCAGUGAUGAUGAUUCGGAAAAAAUAGAAGACAUUGCUCCGGAAAAAAGUCAACAGUUUGCUGUGAGUGCGCAAUCUUCGUCUAAGUCAGCAUCGAAAAGUUCAACUUGCACUAAGCAAAAGUCUGCAAAGUCCGAGCGAAACGAAGCUAAGAAAGAAGAAGUUAAUCAUCAAAAACCUGUAGAUCCUGUAGCGCCGGAGGCCAAGCCGUCAGUGUCAGAUAAAUCAAGGAAACGGCCACGAGAAAAAACAGUUGAUGGAAGUCCUGUGGGGAUAUUGAAGAAAAAGAAAGAAAACGCGGCGCAAGUGGAAACUAAAAUUAAAUUUUCCGAUAUUGGCGGUAACAAAAAGGUACUGGAAGAUGUCUGUAGAUUAUUAGUCCAUAUAAAGCAUCCUGAGAUAUUCAAACAACUGGGAAUAUCACCGCCAAGAGGAUUUUUGCUUCACGGUCCGCCGGGAUGUGGAAAAUCACUGAUGGCCCAUGCUAUUGCGGGUGAACUAGACAUUCCUUUGAUAAAAGUUGCAGCACCUGAAUUAGUGGGUGGUGUUUCUGGAGAAAGUGAAUCUCGUAUUAGAGAAUUGUUUGAACGUGCAGUAGCAACAGCACCUUGUGUAUUAUUUUUAGAUGAAAUAGACGCUAUGGCGCCACAUCGUGCUACUGCGCAAAAAGAAAUGGAACGACGUAUGGUUGCUCAACUACUUACCUGUCUCGAUGACUUGGGUUCCAAGGAAAAUGGCGAUAAAGUCCUGGUACUGGGUGCUACUAAUCGACCAGAAUCAUUGGAUCCAGCUUUAAGACGAGCUGGUAGAUUUGAUCGUGAAGUAUCACUUGGUAUUCCUGAUAAAGAAUCACGUGUCUGUAUAUUAAAAGUUCAUGCUGCCAAAUUAACUUUAGCUCCAGAUGUAGAUAUCACGACAAUAGCAUCCCUCACUCCGGGAUUCGUUGGCGCAGACCUGGUGGCACUUUUACGAGAAGCUGCUGUUGCUGCCGUUGACAGAGUUUUCAAAGCUCUUAAAAAUAAUAGCAAAGUUGAAGAACCGGGUAAUUCAACGACUGAAAAAUCAACCGAUAAGCCGGUUGAUCCACCAGCUGAUAAAGAAAUUGAGAAACCUGCUGAUAAGCCAGCUGAUAAAGAAGCUGAUAAACCAGUUAAUGAAGCAGAUGUUUUGGAUACAGAACAAGACAAUAAUAAAAUGACUGUUUCGCCUGUUGAGGUAGAAACUGAACCUGAUAAAGAUAAUCAAACUACUGCAACUCCUUCAGAAAUAAUUACACCUGAUGAAGUAAAUAUGUCGUCACCAGUUAAUAAUAUUGUGGAUGAGAUUCUACCUCUAGCUAAUGGAAGUACAACAACUGACAAACCACAAACACCAGAACCAAUCAAAUCAAACUUUGGUGACUUGGAAGAUUUAUUGCAAUUACUCCAUAAUAAAAAUCCAUUGUCACCAGAAAGUUUAGCCGAUUUGCGAAUAGAAAAUGCUGAUUUCGAUGUUGCUUAUCGUUCUGUUCAACCUUCAUCAAAACGUGAAGGUUUUGCUACAGUACCUGAUGUUACUUGGGAUGAUAUUGGAUCCUUGAAGGAAAUAAGGGAGGAAUUACAAAUGGCCAUACUUGCACCAGUAAAACAUUCCGAUAAUUUUGCUGCCUUUGGACUGAUGGCACCCACGGGAGUUCUACUCUGUGGUCCACCUGGAUGUGGAAAAACUUUAUUGGCCAAAGCCAUAGCCAACGAAGCGGAAGUUAAUUUCAUUUCUGUUAAAGGGCCAGAGCUGUUGAAUAUGUAUGUGGGUGAAAGCGAGAAAGCUGUCCGACAAUGUUUCAUUAGAGCUAGAAAUUCAGCACCGUGUGUGAUAUUUUUCGAUGAACUUGACGCUCUCUGUCCAAAAAGAACAGAAGGCGACAGUUCAGCUACAUCCCGUGUUGUCAAUCAAGUACUUACUGAAAUGGACGGUAUCGAGGGUAGAAAAGGCGUUUACUUGAUGGCUGCUACUAACAGACCAGACAUCAUUGACCCUGCCGUCAUGAGACCCGGUAGAUUUGAUAAAAUUCUCUACGUCGGUCUCCCGACCCCACUUGACAGAGUUGACAUUUUAAAAGCUCUGACUAAGAAUGGAACACGACCAAAGUUUGCGGAUGAUGUUGAUCUUGAUGUAAUUGGAAGAAGUGAAAAUUGUGACGGAUACACUGGAGCUGAUUUAGCUUCUUUAGUAAGAGAGGCUGGUAUUGAGGCAUUAAGAGAAUCAAUGACUAAUGAUUCUGGGCUUACUCAAGUUUCAAUGAGACACUUUACUUCUGCUUUCAAUAAAAUUCGUCCUUCAGUGCACGAAAAGGAAGCAAAGCAUUAUGAAAAGUUACAAAAACUCUACGGUAUUAAGAAACCGACAGUAGACCCGACGCCAAUGGAAACUCCAGUUGACACACCAAUGAUUGAUUCAUCGAUGGAGGCCAUGGAAACGUGAAAAUAAGUU